AUGCCUCUAAUUCCCGAAAACCAAGACCUUGCCGAAGAAAUUGAAGCCGUAAACGCCAUCUAUGAGCCAGACACAAUAACCGUGACCCGCACAACCCCCGCAAAUGCGACAACCAAAACCCUCGACCUAGGGAGUCCGGCGCACUCCAAUAACAAGAGUCAUACCACAGUGAUAACCCUCCAAAUCCCAGCACAAGAUCAUCUAUCCUUCGUCCUGGGCUUCGAAGCUUCAUAUCCAGACUCCCGACCCACGGUACUGGGAACAGCAUCGACCGCCGCACGCGGGGAAGGCAAGAUCGCCGUCGAUGUAUUGGAGGAAAUCAUACAACGGACCUGGCAGGCCGGCGCCGUGUGUCUAUUCGAUGUAAUCAGCGAAGCCGUCGAUAUUUUCCCGGAAUUGAGUCUCGGGGAUAAUGAUGUCGACACAUCUACUCAGACACCAACUGUCGACACGUCGACCGCCACAGACGCCUUUGAAACCAUGUCCCUGCGCGACGCAUUCGGCCUCGAUGCCCCGCCCGAAUGGAUCCUCUCAGACGUUGUCAGCGAGAAGAAAUCAGUAUUCGUGGGCCGCGUGGCACGCGUUACGUGUCUUGCGCAGGCGCAGGCUUUUAUUGAUCAUCUUACCGCUACGGAUCGGAAGGUUGCGGCCGCGACGCAUAAUAUUAGUGCUUGGCGCAUUCGGCAGAGGAAGGAUGGGGAGGGGGAGGGUGGGGAGACUGUUGUUCAGGAUUAUGAUGAUGAUGGGGAGACUGCUGCUGGGGGCCGACUAUUGCAUGUUAUGCAGUUGAUGGAUGUGUGGAAUGUUGUGGUUGUUGUUACAAGGUGGUAUGGGGGUAUUCAACUCGGUCCGGCGCGGUUCCGGCUCAUCAAUGAUGUUGGUCGGGAUGCUUUGGUGAAGGGCGGGUUUACUAAGGAGAAGGAGGAGACUGCGGCGGAGAAAGGAAAGAAGAAGGGCAAGAAAUGA